AUGGCGGCCAAUAACGGAUCCGAUCACGGAUCAGACGAAAACACUCGCCUCUACAAUCCAUACCAAAACUUCGAGGUCCCAAUCAAAUCUCAGUACCUUUACAAGCUCCCCACCUCCCCUGAGUUUCUCUUCACGGAGGAGUCCCUGAGGCAGCGUCGAUCUUGGGGCGAGAAUCUCACUUUCUACACCGGAACCGCUUACCUCGGCGGCUCAAUCGCCGGCGCCACGGUCGGUGUUUUCACCGGAGUCAAGAGCUUCGAAUCUGGCGACACGACUAAGCUGAAGAUCAACAGGAUCCUCAACUCCUCCGGUCAGACCGGCCGGACCUGGGGGAAUAGGAUCGGUGUGAUUGGGCUGAUCUACGCCGGGCUGGAGAGCGGCGUGGUGGCUGCGACGGAUAGAGACGAUGUUUGGACCAGCGUGGUGGCUGGUCUUGGAACCGGAGCUGUUUGUAGGGCGGCGCGUGGUGUGAGAUCUGCGGCUGUUGCUGGUGCUCUUGGUGGUUUGGCUGCUGGUGCGGUGGUUGCAGGGAAGCAGAUUGUGAAGCGGUAUGUGCCCAUUUGA